AUGACCCCGAACAACACCGGAGAUAUGGAUGAUGUCUUACCAAAAGAGCAAGCGAUGCAUGUUGAGGAUAACUCGAGACCUGAAAUAUCUCGAGAGCACCGCGAAUAUCUGCUUCAGCAUCAUGGAACACUUAAGUUGAAUCCCUUGCCAUCAGAUGACCGGGCUGAUCCUUUAAACUGGCCCAGUCGGAAGAAACAUACCACCUUGCUGCUGGUGGCUUUUCACUCCUUCAUGGCCAAUUUCAUUGGAGCUGGCGUGAUUCCUGCCUAUGACACCUUCGCCGAUAUAUUUGAUGUGUCAGUUCAGGAUGCCAGUUAUUAUACAUCCGUUGUGAUUCUUUUCACUGGCAUCACUCCGCUGUUCUGGAAACCUCUCUCAGACCGGUUUGGCCGUCGUCCCGUGUGGCUAGUGUCAACCCUGGGUGCUUUGAUAUGCAACGUCGGUUGCGCGAAGUGCACUAGCUAUGGAACUAUGAUGUUGUGUCGUAUCCUGACUGCCACGUUCAUCAGUCCUCCCCUUGCUAUUGGGACUGCUGUUGUAAUGGAGGUAUUUUUUCAACAUGAGCGUGGUCGGAAAAUGGGAAUUUGGGCACUCUUUGUCACACUCGGUCCUCCAUGCGGCCCAUUUGUAAUGGGCUUCGUCACCUACCAUAUCGGAUGGCAAUGGAUGUACUGGAUCUUCGCAAUAAUCAACGCUCUCCAAUUUAUUCUGUAUCUGUUCCUCGGUCCCGAAACUCGUUAUAUGGGUCACCGCCCUUUGGGCGUAUCCCAAACCCAGGUUGAAUACCUGCACUUUCGUCGUAUCGACCCAACACCCUUUACUCUGUUUGAGUUCUACCAACCUAUCUUGUUGGUACGAUACCUCACAAUCAUGACACCUGUGGUUAGCUACGCUAUGGUGUUCGGCUUCUGUUCUGUCAUGAGCACUGUCGAGAUUCCGGCACUUUUAGGACCGAAGUUCGGUUUCAACUCGCAAGAAAUCGGAUUGCAGUUCCUCGGGGUCAUUAUCGGGACCCUAACGGUGUUUUGUGUGCAGUUGGAUCGUGCACCACCGAUGCAUUGGAACGUCACUUUUAUCAUUGGUAUUGGGAUUGCUGCGUUUGGUAACCAAGUCAUCACCACAGUUUUGAUCACCUACUGCGUAGACUGCCAUCCUGACCAAUCCGCCUCUAUUGGCGUCUUCGUCAGUCUCGUACGCCAAUUUUGGGGUUUCCUGGGUCCCUUCUGGUACCCGGACAUGUUCGCUACCCUUGGAUUACGCGGUUCUGCAGGCCUAAUGGUCAGUCUUAUCAUUGCAGUAGCUAUUAUUCCGGUAGCACUGCUGCAUUGGAAGGGUGGAAGCCAUCAUGAGCAAAACGAGGAUUAA